AUGGCCACAGAGCAGGCGAGGGGGCGGCACAGCCCGGGCCCGACCGCUGGCCCCCAGAAGCCCCCUGGAGGGGGUGCGGCUCCCCCGAGUGGUGCUGAGGGACCCCCCUGGACCAAGAAAAGCAGCAAGAGGGAGAGGGCUCUCCAAGGGUCCCGGAAAGGCGCUGGCAGCCCUGGGGACCAGACCCCGCUCCCAGGCCCUGAGGUCCCAGGAAGCAGUAAGAACCCCACUAAGGCCGGGGAGGGACACAGGGAGGCACCCCCCGCAGUCCCUCAUCGCCACUCCAACCGCCACCGUCCUAACUCCCAGCAUGACGCUGCUCAGAGGACAUACGGGCCUCUGCUCAACCAAAUCUUCGGCAAGGACCGUGAGCUGGCCCCCGAGGAGCUGGAUGAGCUCCAGGCUGCCUUCGAGGAAUUUGACACUGACCAUGAUGGCUACAUCGGCUACCGAGACCUGGGCGACUGCAUGCGGACCCUGGGCUACAUGCCCACCGAGAUGGAACUGCUGGAGGUCUCUCAGCACGUCAAGAUGAGAAUGGGUGGCCGUGUGGACUUCGAGGAGUUUGUGGAACUGAUAGGCCCGAAAUUAAGGGAGGAGACCGCGCACAUGCUCGGUGUGCGAGAGCUACGCAUCGCCUUCCGAGAGUUUGACAGGGACAGGGAUGGACGGAUCACGGUGGCAGAGCUGCGGGAGGCCGCACCCGCUCUACUGGGGGAGCCACUGGCGAGUUCUGAGCUGGAUGAGAUGCUCCGAGAAGUGGACCUCAACGGGGACGGCACCGUGGACUUCGACGAGUUCGUGAUGAUGCUGUCCUCCCACUAA